UACCGAUUCUAGGGCAGGAACAGUAGAAUUGAAGUGGUCUCUAGCUGGAAUGCGGGCGAGAUAGGCGCUGUCGAUCGGCCAAAGAUGGGAUGCUUCCAGGUCCACCAGAGCGAUGGCGAGAGGCGCAAGCGGAAGCGCCGGCGGAUCCUCUGGUGGUCGUUUAGCUUCGUGUUUUCGAGGAAUUCUGGCAGGUCGUCUUCGUCUGGCGGCUCCAGCGACUCCUCCGGGGAGCUCAACUGCCAAAGGCUCCAGGAACUAAGGCAGUUCACGCUGGCGGAGCUCAAGAGCGCCACCAGGAAUUUCUCCGCUGCCGAGAAGCUGGGAGAAGGCGGGUUUGGAUGUGUGUUUAGGGGCCAUAUCAAGUCCAAGAAGACGGACGAGAGGAUCGACGUUGCUGUGAAGCAGCUCAACGUAAAGGGUCAACAGGGCCAGAAGGAAUGGCUCAACGAAGUCACGUACUUGAGAAUGGUUGAUCAUCCAAACUUGGUGAAGCUCCUUGGAUAUUGUCUCGAGCACGAUGAUAGAGGACCGCAGUGUCUUCUCGUGUACGAGCUCAUGCCGAACAAGAGCCUGGAUGACCAUAUAUUCCAGAGCCGAAGACCCGUGAUUCCAUGGGGCCAGAGGCUACAAAUUGCUCUAGGGACAGCGAGAGGCUUGGCCUACUUGCAUGAAGAGAUGAAACCGCCUAUUAUUUACAGGGAUCUAAAGUCCGCCAACAUUCUUUUGGACAACGAGUUUAGACCGAAGCUUUCGGAUUUCGGAUUAGCUCGAGAUGGGCCUGCAAUGGGAAAUACGCACGUUACGACCGCGGUGGUGGGGACUGCGGGCUAUGCUGCUCCGGAGUAUGUUCAGACCGGGCAUAUCAAUGCCAAGAGUGAUGUUUGGACUUUUGGGAUGGUCCUUCUUGAGCUCUUGACAGGGCGAAGAGCCCUUGACAUGAACAGACCCCGCAGCGAGAGAAGCCUGGCCGACUGGGUGAAACCAUACUCCAGCGACAGCAAAAAGUUUCGAAAGAUAAUUGAUCCUCGUCUCAAGACCAACUUUUCCUCGAGCGAAGCGAGGACUUUGCUGUGGGUCGCUCAGAAGUGCAUCGCGAAAAAUCCCAAGUUAAGGCCGAAAAUGAGUGAGGUCGUCAAACAACUUGAGGGAAUAUUGGUAGUAACAGCGCCAGUCGAGAAGCCGGCUGAGGUUCCCGAAGGAGCGAAGAGCAGAAACCAGUCUAUCGCAUCAAUGGCAGACAUCAUUGAGACGGAUGCAAGUCGAACGGACCUUUCAGGGGAGUAUAAUUUGGCCGAGGUGGCAAGAAUCUCUUCGGUUGGCACUAGCAAAUCUAUGGAAAGUGGUAGCGGAUCAGGAGCACUUGAUGGCUCGUCCAAAGAGGUUAGUGGAGUUCAGGAAGGCACAGAAAUUUGUUCCAAGGAGAAAACGCAGAACGAAAAUGCGGUAUCUUUGGGUCGGGCUGAUGGUGAUUCGGCUACAGGAUUUGAUACUACUAACGCUGAAGUUCGCAGUCCGCCUAAUCAGCCCGCAGUGGAUCAUGUUGCUGUCGUGGACGAGAGUGACACGAAAGAAAAUCAGGAACCGGACAAAGAACGACGUGAUCCAGAAACGGACAUCUCAAGCGUUGAAGCUGCAAGCUCUGGAAAAGAUGUAGCAGUGGAUGACGUUAAAGUGGACGGCAGUGAGAAACACGAGGCUUUCAGAUCGGUCGAAACGACGGUAGGCGAAGACGCUGAUGUCGCCGUGGCGCCAAGAUUGAAACUUGAUAGCACCGAGGCUACCAGCGACGAGGAUGUAACAGAAUCCAACCAAGAAGAUCGUCCGGUGGAGGAAACCGAGCACCAUGUUCCAGAACACAAUACUACAGAUGCUAGCAAAAGCCGCCAGGAAGCACCUGAAGAUAACCAUGCUCCAGAACACAAUACUGCAGAAGCUGAGGAUAGUAAAAGCUGCCAUGAGGAAGCAACAGAAGAUAACCAUGCUCCAGAACACAAUACUGCAGAAGCUGAGGAUAGUAGAGGCCGCCAUGAGGAAGCAACAGAAGAUAACCAUGCUCCAGAACACAAUACUACAGAAGCUGAGGAUAGUAAAAGCCGCCAUGAGGAAGCAACUGAAGAUCGGCAUGCCGAGGUGGAUAAAAGUGACGACGAUCUAAGUUCAACUCGGAUUGCCGAAAACAAUCCGAUAGACGAGGCUUUAGGCGAGGUGCCCUCGCUACAGGAGUCCCAACAGCGACAGAGCUGAGUUCUUCCAGCAUCGCCAGUAAAUUUCUAUCAGCGUCCUCGACGGCCUUGGCAGUGGCAGCCUUCAGCUGCUCCACUUUCGUCCUUAUCUCCUCUGCUCGACGUGACUUCCCGUCCAUGACGAGCUUAAUCACUCGUGCAAUCUCCUCCCGGGGUACCGAGUCAGUGUUCUUCACCGGAAGCUCGGCACCAAUCUUCCACUCGUCAACCAUGAGCCUGCAGUUGGUGUUCUGCUCCCCGGCCCAAGGCCACCCCAGCAUCGGGACUCCGCCCGAGAUGCUCUCCAGCAUCGAGUUCCAGCCGCAGUGAGUCAGGAAUCCGCCGGUGGAAGGGUGCUUGAGAACUUGAAGCUGCGGUGCCCAGGAUAUCACUCGUCCGCGAUCGCCAACACUCCGGCAAAAGGCGGUGAAAGACUCGUCGUCCAGGCCGCCUAUGACGAGCUGGGGCCUCACCACCCAGAGGAAAGGAACGUCGCGGCAACUGUCGAGAGCUCCCGCGAGCUCCCAGAACUGCGCCUGGGUGAGAACCGCGAUGCUGCCGAAGGAGAUGUAGAGGACCGAGCUCUUGGGCUUGGUGCUCAGCCAAGAGAGGCAGUCGGCGUCCUCGGCCCGGAGCGCGGUAUCGGUGUUACUCUCACUAGUUCUGGUUUUAGCGUCUCCGGAGGAAGAGAGAGGACCGACUGGCAAAAACUUCUCACCGAGUUGUGCUCUCAUGAAAUCGAAGGGUUGCCUUUCCAGCGGGUA